CAGGAGGCAGCAGUAGCAGCAAGUGUAAAAAUAGGCAAAGACAUCAAAGCUAAGGUGCUCCAAGAUUCUCGAGAAACAACGGCUAUUUAGCAGAGAGAGCGAGAGAUCCCCCGCCUAAAGUUAGCAGCAAAAGAAGCCACAAGCUAUUAAAACAUAAGCCACCUGCAGAAGUCUCUUGUUUCAUUUGUAUUAUUGAGAGAUUGAACUAAACUAUGGCCCUUAGAGUUUCCUUCUCCUUCCUUGUGAUAGCUUUGCUGCUCGUCUUCGGCCCUUCGGCUUCUGUCCAAGAUGACUCACUCUCAUUUAGUUACACUGGUCAAACUGGCCCUGAGAAAUGGGGAAGCUUGAGUCCAAAUAACACAGCAUGCUCAAAUGGGAAGAUGCAGUCUCCGGUGGACAUCGUCAAGAGCAUACUUACCCCUAACAAGAAACUAAUGCCGUUGACCAGAGUCUACCGUACUUCAAAUGCCACAUUGUUUAACAACGGCUUUAACCUUGGGUUGCGUUUCGAAGGAAAUGGGGGAACAUUGGAUGUGGAUGGUAAGAACUACAACUUGAUGCAGUUGCACUGGCACACUCCCUCUGAGCAUCGCCUUAAUGGAAUCCAAUUUCCAGCGGAGCUUCAUCUGCUUCACCAGGCAGCUGAUCAAAGCCGCGCAGUUGUGGCAAUCCUCUUCAAUUUCGGCAAGGAAGAUAUCAUCCUCUUACAGAUUAAGAACAGGCUGGCCGAGCUGGCCAAGGAGGCGUGCAAGAAAGAUGAAGAUGCUACCAUUCCCGUUGGAACUGUUGACCUGAACGAGUUACAGAAGAAGAGUCGCAAAUAUUACAAAUACGUUGGCUCUCUCACCGUUCCUCCAUGCACCGAAAAUGUUGUCUGGAGCAUUCUCGGAAAGGUGAGGACUAUUUCCAAGCAUCAGUUAGAUGCACUAAAAGCACCAUUGGAUGCAUCUUGCAAAAACAACUCAAGACCUCUUCAAUCUCCAAAUGGACGCAAGAUUGAGCUCUACGAUGAGCUUAUGCACUAGUAAAUGUGUCAUCUUAGUCGACCUGUGACAUUGAUUUAGAAUAAGCGGCGAUGACUCAUAGGCAGUGGUUUGGAUUAAAGGAACAUGCAUGAGUCGUAGGUAGGGAAAAUGAGUCCUCGGAGGUCUAUUGUCGUUGUUUUUGGAUUUGUACCCGUGUGAAUAAUUCAUGACCCACUGAUGUUGAAGCAUCCGUGAAUGAAUUAUAGUUACCAGUUAGGCGAAGCAAUUUGCUAGAAAGAGAAGUUUGUGUACCUUUUUUCCCUUCUUUUUAAGUUGAUAAUAAAUACAUAUACAACAGUUCCUUGCAUUGAGGAAUUCUUUAUAGGA